UUGGUGUAAACAGCCCGCCCUCUGAAAUGGGUUGGGCUUGCCUUUCCCGUGAGACACACUGGUUUCUAUGGUGAGAGAAGAUGGCGUCGAGAGGUAAAAGCUCCCUGAUUCUCUCCUCCACGCCACUAGAGGUCCUCCUCUUCCUCAAUGGCUGGUACUACCCUGCCUACUUCAUUGCUGAGAUACUCAUGUUCAUCUACAAAGGUCUGCUGCUGCCCUACCCCCCUGCUAACCUUACCCUGGACCUGGUCCUGCUGUUCCUGUUCCUAGGGGUGGAGAUUCUGCGCCUCUUCUUUGGUUCGAAGGGUAACCUGUCUCAGCGCAGUCUCCCCCUGGCUGUCUCCCUGCUCCUGUCCCUGCCCUGCUGUGUGAUGUCUGUGUACUUCCUGCUGCUCCAGAGCUUCGUGCUGCGGGUCGAGGUGAUUCUCAACGCUGUCCUGCUGCUCUUCAACCUGCUGGAGCUGCUCCUGGGCAUCGUGGCUCUGGCUGCAUUUGCCAGGGUGGAUACCUUCUAGCAGGACCAGGGUGACUGCGACUGGAGGAGCAGCACACAGCUCUGCAUAGGGGCUGCUUUGUACAGAGGUUACCAGAUCUCUUUUAACAGUUAUUGUACAGUUUUAUAUAUUUUGUAUUUAUUGCAUUUUGAUCACUUUUAAAAGUGUGUUUCUUUGUAUCAGUCAUACUUUUUAAUAAAGUUUAGAUUUCUUUGUU